CAGCAUGCACAGUCUAAUAUAGGAAACUCUCCAGCAGAGAGCGGCACUAAUCAGUCUGGAACAGAACAGCGUCUCUCUCUUCUGAUGUGGCCAGAAACCUUCUGCAGCCAACACAAUGACCACAGCCGGCUGACACCGAGCAAUGAUGUACCGUUCAGCUUGAAGUCAUUCUAACAUGUCCUUUCUACAAACCAUGAGCCUUGUGGUCUGCCUGGUGCUAUUUAUUUCUGUGGUGACAGCAGUGUCUGUUCUUAGAGGAGAAACAGCAAUACUGGAGUGUGAACACAAGGUGCCUACAAGAGACUCCAUCAUAAUGAUCACCUGGAAGGUCCGUCGGCUGGAUAAUACUCACUGCUAUUAUUCAAAGGCAGAAAACAAAAAGUUUAGUAACUGCAGUGACAGGACUGAGUUCAACAGCACCUCCCUCAGGAUAUAUAACGCUACAGUAACUGAUGAUGGGACCUACACCUGUGAAAUUGUAACUGCAGAAGGGACCUUCAUCAACCAAAUCUCUCUACAGGUGCUAGUUGAGCCUUCAGUGACAUUGCUAUUAAACAAACUUGGGGUUCCUGAGUGCCGGGCACAUGGGGGGAAUCCAGCAGCAAAUAUGUGGUGGACGGCAGAAGCAGUUGGUUCCAUCAGUACAAACACAGCAAUGCAGCCAGAUAGGAGCUGGACAGUUACCAGCACAUACACUGUAACCAGCAACAAUGUCACCCAAGUCACUUGUCUUGUGUCUCAUCCCACAUUUGCACAACCUCAAAACCAUUCCAUAUCAAUUCCACCGAAUAAAGGCGAUAAAUAUUUGUUAUUGUCGAUGAUACCACUUGCUUUCCUCGUAAUCCUCAUCAUAAUAGGAUUCCUGUUGUUCUGGACAAUGUCUCCGAGAUUCAGGACGUGUCUAAGCAAGGAAAUAAAAAACACAACUGUGACACAACAAGAUAAUAAUGAUCAGAACAAGGAAGAUGUGGAACCGUACGCCUGCUACACCCAGAGAAUAAAUACCAUUUAUAAUUCUGUAUCGGAAAUAUAAAGGGAGCCGGGCAUACAAUCAGAGCAGCCCUCAGGGGGGGGACAGUUGUAGGGGGCCCGAGGGUAAGGGGGGCCCUGCCAUGCCACACUUACUUGAUUAGCCGGGCCCCCCAUCUUUCUGAGAGCUGCUGACU